AUGGGCGGUGGUGCACUGCGAAGCACGGCAUCAAGCCUCAUGCGACGCAUCGGACGCAUGGCUCACUCCACCAGGAGGGGCUCGCCGCCAACAGAACCGCCGCGUUACAGCCAUACAGCUGGCACAAACAAGAAGCCGCGCAUCCCGCUUGGCCGAGUCCUGUUCAAACCCCUGAUCGGCGGCACUGCAAUCACUGGCGCCGCGUUUGUGGCAGCAGCAUAUUACGAGCAGAACUGGAGCAUCUUCGACCACAUGAUCAACAAGAUAAAAGCAGACCCCAUAGCCACGUUCAUAUCGCAUGGCGGCCGCGUAUCAGCGAAAGAAGCGUUCUUGGCUUUUCGCUAUGGCGUGAUCAAACCAUGGGAGUUGGACAUUUACGUGUUUCUUGCCAUGUCCAGCCUGGUAAUCCUCCUCAGGAAACGUCCUCGUUUCCAUUCUUUCAUACGGCGCAACUUCGAACACAGGCCCGCAAGCGGCGUGAUACGUACGAUGUUCACGUCCGCGCUCAGCCACUCGACAAUGAUGCACGCUUUGCUCAAUACCUGGGCUUUGGUCCUCAUCGUCCCCUCCGUCUAUUUGAACGGUUCACCAUCAGAGUUUUGGGCAUUCUGUUCUGGUGCAGCCAUGUUCUCCAGCCUCGGGUCUGUUGUUCAAAUGCUUUUGACACGUCGUGCAAUCCUUGGCGUUGGCGCUUCAGGCGUUAUCAUGGCUCUGCUCGCCAUGAGCACAUUCCUCAACGCCCAGUUCGACCGCGCCCUCAUCCGAUUCCCGUUCUUCGACUUGACAAGCGCCCAGCUGCUCAUAGCUGUGAUGGCGCUUGAUGUGGCUGUUGCUGUGAUGUGUGUCUCGCGUGGCUGGCGCUUGCGAAGCCACGCCAAACGCCUUUUUGGCGCCCUUUUUGGCGGUUUCUACUUCUUCAAGGGACAGCACUUGCAAGAAGACCUGCGAAGCCACUUCCGCCUGACAUCCAUGCUGAAGAAGCCCUGA